AUGUUCACUACAACAAUCCUCCUCGCUCUAGUUCCUUCAAUAGCACUAGCAGCACCACACCAACGGCAUCGCGCAGGCGCGGACCAAGGACAACAACAGGGUGGCAUGGGCUGUAUGCAACAACAGAACCCUGGCAAUCCUGCUGUGGGCAAGGCCAUCUAUAUGUUGACCAACGAUGUCGAAAAUGCCGUUGUUGCACUACCGAUUGGAGCUGAUGGUAUGCUCUCCGAGGGUAAAACUACGAAGACAGGUGGUGCGGGAUCUGUUGCUGUUGAUGCGGAGGGAAAGCCGGCAACGCCUGAUGCGCUCGUUGGCCAGUCUGCUUUGACUGUUGUUGGGAAUAACCUGUUCGCUGUGAACGCCGGCUCCAACACCCUUACCAUGAUGACCAUAUCAUCUAACGAUCCCACAUCGCUUGCCUGCGCUGGUAAGCCGGUGGCCAUACCCGGCGAAUUUCCCAACACAGUCGCUGCUUCUGCGAAGAACAAGCUCGCAUGCGUCGGCACAACAGGUGCUGUAGCGGGAAUAUCCUGCGCUUCCUUCUCCUCGCAAGGACUCGGGCAGAUGGAUGGCCUUCGACCUUUCAAUCUCGGACAAAGCACACCGCCUGUAGGACCACUGAACACAGUUUCACAGACUUUCUUCUCAUCUGAUGAAUCUGCUCUCUUCACGACCGUCAAGGGCGACCCGACAGUGAACAACACGGGCUUCCUCUCCACCUACGCAGUGCAAGCUUCAAACGGGGCAGCUACUCUAUCCAAGAAAGACGUUCGUAGCUCACCCGAGGGAACUGCGGUGCUCUUCGGCUCAGCUACCAUGCCUAACGAUCCAUCUUCCCUCUUCGUCACUGACGCUUCGUUCGGUGCUGCAGUCCUGUCAGUCGACUCCAAAGGGCAAGCAACGGUCAAAGGAUCACAAGCCAUCGAUGGCCAAGCAGCAACCUGUUGGGCUACAAUCUCCGACACCACAAAAAGCGCCUUCGUAACAGAUGUCGGUGUGAAUCGUGUUGUCGAGAUGAGUCUAGACGACGCAAGCAUCAUUAUGCAGCUUGAUUUAUCUGCCAACGGCGACCCUGGUCUUAUUGAUCUCCGUGCUGCAGGAGAUUUCGUCUACGCACUAAGCCCAGGUAAUGGAACGACGAAUGCGGCGAUUACGGUGCUGGAUGUAUCUGGAGGCCAAGGUUCGAUGAAGCAGGUGCAGCAUUUUGACUUGGGUGGGGUGGCAGGAAAAACAGCUCAAGGCAUGGCUGUGAUGAUGUGA